GGUCUGUGAAAAAAAACUGAGAUGUAUUUCCUGAGCUGUCAUGGAAAUAGAGUUUCUGUUGUGCAUGAAGUCAAAUGACAAAUAUAAAUACAGCAUCUCUUGAAUCAAGCUUGGCAAAAAUAUUCUUCAGCAUACAGGAAGCUAGUUGUGGACACCAACCAAAAAGAGGAAUUAUGCGAUUAAACUCAACAACCCUGGAUGGUCUAGUUGCACUGUGUUUGAAUCAAACACAAGGCCAGAUAAACGUCACCUUCAUUGUUGUGUAUGCUCUGGUCUUUGUAACUGGGCUGGCCCUCAACCUCAUAGCACUUGUGGUUUUCUUUUGCCUGACCGAGCUGCGUUCACAAACCACUGUCUACAUGACCAACCUAGCCCUAGCAGACCUUCUUCUAGUUUGUACUCUACCUUUCAGGAUCCUUCAUCACUGGGGUUUUGGUUUAUCUCAGAUGACCUGUGAAGUGGUUGGUCUUAUACUGUUAGUAAACAUGUAUGGAAGCAUAUUUCUUCUCACCUGCAUUAGCCUCGACCGCUGCAUGGCUGUUUGCUUCCCUUUGUCUUCCCAAGUACGUGAAGGUCGCAAAAAGGCACGACUCGUGUGCCUGGGGGUUUGGAUGCUAACCAUAGGGGCUAGCCUCCCCAUGUAUCUGUCUAAGAUCAAGAUGAUCAAAAACAACACAGAGAAUUGUUUUGGAGGCUUUCCACACUAUGCUAUACAAACGACUGCACUUACCUCCUCGCUAACAAUAGGAUUUGGCUUGCCACUGGUAAUCAUGGGUCUCUCUUCCUGGAGCCUUGUGAAGGCUAUUAGAAAAAGCACUGCAGUGCAGACAACUGACUUGUUCGACAGUCACAAGAUCCAGAGGAUGGUGGGCAUUAACCUAACCAUCUUUCUCUUCUGCUUUCUUCCAUAUCAUCUUAUGUUGGUAGUGCAGCACUUUUACAUAAACCAUAAGAAGAGUUUGCCAUGCUCAGUGCUAUCUGCUCACCACAACAGCCUGAUGGUAGCUUGCAUGAAUGCCACUCUGAAUCCAGUGACUUACUACUUUACCAAAGAGACAUUCCGGAAAAAUGUAGACAUAGAUGCUGUUCGGAGGAUGUGGCCCAUGAACAGUCACAGCUCUGAUGGAAAUACCCCUUGCAGACGACCUCUGAGUACUUAAUGGUUAAAACAUGUUUUUUAUCUAGGCAGAUAUUGAAAAUUAUAUUGACCACAUAUAGCCUGUAUUAUUAUUGUAACUGGGUAUUGAGAAAUGCAGUUUCAGUUGCAUUCCUAUAUUCACAAAAGUAAAGGAUUGCACUGACCUGCAAGUUCAUUAUUUGAUUCUGCAAUUAAUUUCUUAUGCUGUGUGAAGGGCAUUUCAAUUAGAUCUCAAAAUGGAACUGAUGCAAUAUUAUUACCAUGAGUUGUAUUUCUUUGCCUUGAGCAAAGCAGUAGAGCAGUAUUAACAGCAAAUAUCUCAAAGGCCAUUCACAAAAGUACUUUUAUGUGAAAUAAAAAACAAAAAAUAGCUGUAGAUUCAACAACAUUACAAACUGUACUGUUUGUACUCAGAGAAGUUAAAGUCAAAGAUUAAUUUAAGUGUAUAGUACUUCAUACAACAUACACUGUCACAAAAGCAGCUUUACAAAAAUGUAGGUGGAGAUCCCUAUUGAGCAAGCCAGUGGAGACAGCACAGUGGCUGUUAGUACUACAUGCACAUUUUAGUUGACUUAGUGGAGAAUGAUUCAUACUAAAACUUCAGUUGGUGCUACUAUGCAAUAUCUAGUGACCAUAUCACAAUAUUUAGGGCAUCAGUGGUGAUGACAGCUAACUCAGUCCAAAAACAUUUGUCAUUUUAAAAAACAGCACCUAGUCCUGUACAUACUACACUAUAAAAACAGCACAGAGAUAUCAUCAGAAUUCUUGCCCUAAGCCGAUUUUUGGUUUAAUAAAUUUGUUUUUCUUACUGCGUUCCUUUGAUGUUCGAUACCUCUGACCUGUCGACUCUGUUGGAGGAGCAGCCCAGUGGAGAGAGAUCAAGCAGAACUACUUUCCUCCACAUUGCCAAAAAUUGUUAUGUUGGAAACAGAAAUUAACAAUACAGAUGGGGCUUAAUGAAUGAACAAAUAUUAUUUACCUUCAGAGUAACAAAUUCCAUCUGAAAACAGGGUCACUCAGUUUAGUGUAAUCUGGUAGCCUCUUGUCAUCAUUUUAAAGCACCACAGUAAAUUGGCUAUUGAAUGCCCUCAUUGUAAUUCUCAUCUAUUCCUCCUGAAUGGUCUAUAGUUUUCUGUCUUCUAUCAUCUCAAGUAAAAAAAGGAAAGCACUGCAUAUGCAUAUAUGUAAAUAUAUAUAAUAACCACUGAGUAGUUCAGUAUUUUUGCAGUCUAAGCAAUUAAAAUACUUCUGCACAUGCCAUGGUAUAAAACUGAAUGUAAAUGUAAAUGUAAUUGUUUCAUCUUACCACUUUGUACUUUGGGUUUAUAAGUUUUCAGGAUCAAAAUGUUUUAUAAAAUACUUGUGACACUUUAGACACAAGUUAUUAUAUAUGACAUAAUACUGAGUGUGUGUGACAUUUUUCAAAUAAAGUGGGUGG